GUCAACUGAACUAAAUUAAACAAUGAGAUAUAAAAAUUUAGACAUUUCAAUCUUAUCAAUGGUCUAUCGGUUAAUUUCAUCUUUAACUCUACUUUUACUAUUUAUGAUACAAACAAAAGGAUAUGUUGCGUCGAAUAAUGGAGUUUUAAUACAAGGUUUGAAGUUCACUGAACCAUGUCCAGAACGUGGCUACGAUUUUAAUGAUCCUACGGGAAAUUUUAUGUGUGUAGUACCAACACCAAAAGAAUGUUUUAAUUUAUGCCAAAAUAUGGGUUGUACAGAAUGGAAUCAUAUGAAUUUAAUUCCAUCAGGAAGUGAAGAAAUUAAACGAUAUCAUAGAUGUCGAUGUUUUCCUGAAUAUAAUAUGUGUUUUUAUAAUUAUGUACCUAAAAUACAUCGUAAUUUUGAUUAAUUGUAUUCUUCUCUCUCUCUCCUUCCCCCCCUCUCUCUCCUCACUCCUCUCUUUCCCCUUCCCUCCCUCCUUCUCUCUCUAAUAUAUAUAUAUAUAUAUAACUUCAGAUAUCCAUUUAAUGAAACAUAUCCAAAUGGCUCAUACACAAAUUAAAGACUAAAACAAACUUGUAUAAUAACUAUUCAAUGCUCAAAAAUGUACAAUAAUAUUUUCUUCUUUUUUUUCUUUUUUGUUUUGUUUUGAACUCAGGUCAGUUUUUGUUUCUAUACAUAUAUACUACUCAUUAUUCCGAUUUAUUUCGUUAUAUAACACAUGAA